CGAUGAGCCGGCUCGUCCCAGUUGCCAUAAUGCCUUCAGGUGCCGUCUGUUGUCCACCGGAGUUGAAAGGGAUGAGUGAGUGAAAUAAUUCAUUACGUGAAAUUCGGCCUGGAUAAGCCCGGUCCGGAUAUCGGGCGGUUUGUCGCGAGCCACUGCACAGCUCUGCUACUUCCCUUACCCCCGCCCCGCCCAGACAGUAUCACGAUUCCGGAUUAUGUGCUCGAAUGAAAUGAUGGUAAUUAAAAUUUCAAAAUUUUAAUCCAAUCGUGAUGAAUAUUCAUCAGCACUUCUGCAACAACAGGCCGACAGUGACAGUGCGCGUGAAUUGCGAACGACGAAUCGUAUAGCGUGUGGUGCGUUUCGGAAUCGGAAAUGGUCUCUGCUGGCCAAUAAAGCCCAGUGAGGUUCCCUUGUGCCCGAAUAGCCUCUGAAGAGGCGGCUCUCUAAGUGAUCCCUUGUGUCGCAUGCCGGUUGUGUGAAAAGUGUUUACAGUAAAUAUUAUUAUGGUUCUCCGCUAGCAAGCAAGGAAAUGUGUUCCUUACGUGGUUUACCACACUCGCUGUGACAAGUGUUUUGCUUCCCAGGAUGAAGGGUGUGUUGUGCCAUUCCCAUCCUACCCUGUAGCCCUUCGACAAAGCGGUGCAUCGUCGUGUUCUUUUCUGAGGCGAAAGCGUGUGCUACUACUACUACAGCUACUCACAGCCAACCCUAUUGCUUCAAUCUCUGUGCUAUCUGAUGCGGUCCGGGUUGCCAUGGUUGCAUCCUGCUGCCGGUGAAGCUCGUGGUAGCAUGUGUGUAGUACGGUCGCCGUUGGUGUGAGAGUGCCUUUCUACGCUUUGUCGGACGAUGGUGCUGCAGACAGGAACGAUGUCCCUUCGGCAACCGCUGCGUAACGUCAUCGGUACACCGUCAUCCACCGUCUGGCGGUUGCUCCUGGUGACGGUUCUGCUCUGUGGAUUACCCCGACCGGUUGCCGGCUACUUCGAUCUGUUUCUCAACCACUCAGAAGUGAUCAAACUGAUGGGUAUUGAGGCAGAUCUGUUCUACGUACGCGAUGGUGCUGUCAACGAUUAUGCCAUGAGCUUCGUUGUACCAAUGAAGCCUGGCAUCGAUUUUUUACGCUUUUCCUGGCAAAGUCGCACCGCAUAUCCGCUUCCCUACACGAUAUCGGUCCACUACGAUGACAACGAAGGUGCGGUACAGCAUCCCGAGCUAGACAUUCCGACCAGUGGCAUUAUCCCGCGGACGGUCGAAAGCUUCACCGUGCAUGUGGUGUGCUGGGGAAAUGUCACCAAGGAGGUACCGGUCGGCAUUCAUCUGCACGUCGAGGGACCGCCGAAGCAUAAUGACACGAAAUUGAUUAUCAAGCGUAACAAAAUUUGCAUCAAAGGUAUGCACCCGGCAAGGAAUCGUCUACCGGCGGCAGAGAUCGCACCACAGCAAGGACCGGCCCUGUUGGGUGCGGCCGCCUGUGCCCUCGGGCUGGUGCUGGUAGUCGGGCUCAUCGCCAGUGCCAUGUACGUUCGGGCGCGUAAACAAAUACGGCAGGAUUCGUUACACACCAGCUUCACCACGGCGGCAUACGGUAGCCAUCAGAAUGUUUUCAUCCGGCUGGAUCCCUUGGGACGCCCGCCCAGCGCUAACAGUGGUUCCUACGCAACGAUAGCGAGCCUCAACAAAUAUCCUAUCAGCGAGUCGAAAAAGUCGUGGUUUCGCAGCACCCCUUCGCCAUCGCCGUACGCGACAGCUCUUCUGCCCUUAGGGCAAAACGGAACCGGAACGGGGACGGAAUCGGUUUACGCCAAGCCCGAAUCGGUCUGUCCAUCCCGGGUGUCCUACUACGCUUCAUCCCAGCUAACACAGGUCUACAGCCUAUCGACGCCAGCGCGAAGCAUCCACAGCAAUGGCUCGAACCCGAAGGACAAGCUGAGACGGAUUGCCGUGUCGCCGGGCACCAUCAUCUGCCAGCAGCUUGUGCAAGAGGGCACGUACGGCCGGAUCUACAGCGGUAUCCUACACCAUCCGCUGGGUGAAACGCGUGACGUGCUGAUCAAAACUGUGGUCGACGGUGCCUCGCUAAGCCAGGUGGCUUAUCUGCUGUCGGAAGGAUCCACCCUGUGCGGGAUCUCCCACCCGAACAUCCUGUUCCCGGUGGCGGCCGUAACCGAGCUGUCGGGGCCACCGAAAGUCGCCUAUCCAUUGGCAGCCAAAGGAAACCUCAAACUCUACCUGCAAAGCUGCCGGGAGAUCGGAAUUCAAAAUUCGCAGCUCAGCACCCGACAGCUGGUGGAGUUCGGUCUGCAAGUAGCCCGUGGCAUAUCGCACCUCCACUCGCUCGGCGUACUGCACAAGGACAUCGCAACCAGGAACUGUGUCCUAGACGUUGAGCUGAACGUUCGUGUUUGUGAUAAUGCGCUGUCGCGUGACGUCUUCCCGAGCGACUACCACUGUCUGGGGGACAACGAGAACCGACCCAUCAAGUGGAUGGCACUGGAAACGCUCGAGAAGAAGUUCUUCACCGCAUCCAGCGACAUCUGGAGCCUUGGGGUGCUGCUCUGGGAGCUGGCAACGUUGGCCGCGAUGCCAUUCGAGGAGGUGGACUGUUUCGAAUUAUCGGCUUACCUGCGGGAUGGCUAUCGGUUAGCACAACCGGUCAACUGUCCGGAUGAGUUCUAUACGGUAAUGUCCUGUUGCUGGCUAGCGGACUACAAGCAGCGGCCAUCGUUCCCCCAGCUAAUUGCCUAUUUGCACGACUUUCAUGACGACCUGGGCAAGUACAUCUAGGGUGUGGUUCUCCCGACAUCAGCACGCUGCAUUUUCGGUAUGACCAACGGAGAGGAACGUUCCAGCAGUGCCUCAGAUCGAUUGAGAGGGAACGGGAAAACAGAACAACAACAAAAAACUGCCGAAGGGACGGAAGGCUCCCAUUCCACGCUCUCGGUCCUUGGGAGUGGAACAAUUUCCGUUCGUUUGCUGACGUGCAGCACAGUUGAAGGAGACCCGUUCCGAGCGUCAACUUCACAGGAUGUGUGAUGGGUAUGUGACCAUCCGUUUUUUUUGCGUCCGAGCGCACCAGUUAGCACAAAAUCUGUGGAACGUGACAAAAUCGUGGUAGUCGUCGAUCGUGAACGAACGCAACACGUCGGACAGCAGCGACUGGUUCGCAAACGUGGGUAACCGAUCGCGAAAGAAGAGCAAUUGAUGCAAUAUUGAAGAUAUGUGUGGUGGCCAGCCACGGGUCCACACAACAGUUGUGGACAAAGAGUUUGCAAAAAAGGCAGUGGAAAACGAAACGAACGAAAAACUGCUCCAAAAAAAACUAGGCAAUAAAUUGAAACCAUUAAACCAAGUAUGAGUGAAAAUCGGCGACGGUAUCGAUCGAUUAUUUGCACCGAGCGCAACAACGUCCAGCGAAACACGCGUGUGUGCUUCACAGUAGAUAUGUAUGUUUGAGUGUAGUUAUUGUACUCGAUUUAAAGAAAUAAAUUAAGUGAACAAAACGCGUCGUUACACGCGUCGUUUCGAAGGGUAAACCGGGAUACUAAAGUUGAGUGGAAAAAUAAGAACAGAAGUGGUGGAAAUGAAUUGGAAUGCGAGAAGCAAAUAACGAAACUAUGUUAAAAGAAGUGUUAAAAAGAGAGAAGAAAAAGCGAACAGAAGCGAAGUGAACGUAAACUGAGAAGCGGAAAAACAAACCACCAAAGCAAAGAGAAUGAGUGAAAAAAUCAAAAGCG